UCUAGCAAGCAGGUAGACUAGAUCAAACACUAUGGUUAAACGGUGCUCCUGGGGCACCUGUAACAGUGACUCCAGGUACCCGGAGAGGUUGGAGGGAGCGUUUUUUAUUCCGUUCCCAAAACCCAAAGCCAACUUGGAGAAAUGCAUGCUUUGGAUUAAGCUGUGUUGCAGACCGCACUGGCAGCUGAACCCAGCCAAGAUAACGAAAGACAUCUACGUCUGCUCCAAGCACUUCAUCGAUGGGAAACCAACUGCAGAACACCCACAUCCGGUUGAUGCUGGGGGCAGUGUAGUGAAAUACCGACCACUCCUCAAAAACAGAUGUGAAUACAAGGAUCCAAAUCCCGGUUCAAGAGUUUGCAGUUGCCAUUUCGUGGGUGGAAAGAGGAAAAACGACCCCCAUCUUUUAAAGAGCAAUGCACACAAGUCCCAGAUUUUCAGUGUCCCAUCGCAAGAGGAAAUGCCAAAAGGGAGAGAAGUUCUCUCACAGGUCACUGUCAAAAAAACACAUGACGAUGAUCGUACCUCUGCCCCUGAAACUGUGGAAUCUGACAGCAAACCAGCACAGCUUUUUCCAGAGAGAUCCGAGGCCUUGCUCUCGAAUGUAAAAACGGAAAAGACCAAAGAGGAGCUGACACCUGUGGAAAUACAAGUCCCCCUCGGUUUGAUGGGUCCGGUAACGGGGAUGUCCCCUGAUAAGAAAGCACAAACCCCAGGGGUGAAGGUGGAGCGGGCCGGGCUGAGGGGCACUUUUGGGACGGGGACCCCACCUGAGGCGGAGAGUGCCACCAGCCCCCGGGCGACCAGCCUGAAUGGGACAGGCAUGGGCAUGGCUGAGGGCGUGGCCGAGGGCGUGGCUGAAGGUGGGACCGAGGGUGGGACCGAGGACGAGGAGCUGACCGACCUCAACUGGCUCCACGAGAACCUGCUGCAGAACUUCACGCUGGGCGGGGCCGACCCGCAUCCCCUCUUCUGCGCUGGGGAGGGCCGGGGCUCACCCCGUGCCCUCUCCCCCUCCCCCUCCCCCUCCCCCUCGGACUCCCCCCCUUCCUCCGCCCCACUGAGGGUACGGGGCCGGGAGAAGGGCUCCCUCAAAUCUAAGCCCCCGUUCUCCUUCUCACUGCUCAUCUACAUGGCCAUUGAGCAGUCGCCCGGGAAGUCUCUCCCAGUGAAGGACAUCUAUGGCUGGAUCCUCCAGCAAUUCCCCUACUUCAACAGCGCCCCCGCUGGCUGGAAGAACUCGGUGCGCCACAAUCUGUCCCUCAACAAGUGCUUCCGCAAGGUGGACAGGAGCCUGGGCAAGGCCAGUGGGAAGGGCUCCCUGUGGUGUGUGGACCCCAAGUACCGGCCCAACCUGCUCCAGGCCCUGAAAAAGCAGCACCUGCCCCCUGGCCACGCCCUCUGCACGGGACACUCCUCUCCGCCCAGUGCCUCCUCACCCCCCCAUCACCUUCUGCUGAGAGACCAGUGCUGUUCAGACAAAGAGUCUGAUAUUGAUGCUGCCACUGCCAUGAUGCUCUUAAACUCCACUCCUGAGCAGAAGGCUGGCUCGUAUGCUGAGGACAGCCCCAUGGAUCUGUCUCAGAGGGACCUGGUCAUCGUGAGCAGGGACCCGAAGCAGGACCACACCUACAGCAGCUCCCCUCAGCAGUGCAGCUCCUCCCACUCCAGCCCCUCCUCCCUCUCCUCAUUGGACGACGUGGGGCGGGCCCCGCCCCAAGCCUGCCGCGCUGGCAGUGCUGGUCUCCACAGCGACGAGGACUGCGACCCGGGGGAAGAGACAGGGGUGGGGGCAGCAAAGAGGGGCGCCCGGGGUCACCUGCGGCGACGGCCCUGUCCCACAGCGGGACCCCCACGCAAGAGGGCAUGGCCAGAGCUGGACGAGGAGCUGAAGGAGGCGGCGGGGUCUCUUCUGCACCUUGCCGGGAUCCGCACUGCCCCGGAGGCAUCCAAACGUGGCGUCAGGGGCAAGACACGUGGCAGGAAAUAAGGCCUCCUGACCCCUCACCCCAGUCCCGUGUCUUGACUCCUUCUCCCCUUUUUUUGGUGAAUCAUCCUUUUGGGUACAUUUUUUAUAUAAUUUUUCCCUUGCAUGGGAAAAUCUCCUUUUGCCCAAUAUGAAUAGCAAUAUUAGCACUCACAAAGGAGAAAGUAGAGCCAUAUUGAGACUUUUUUGUUGUUGAAUAAAAUAAUAAUUUUGAAAACUGCAUUCAACAACGACGUCAAUUGGAUCUACAAAUUGGUGCAAUUUAAAAGAUUUUUUUAUUAAAAGAAAAAAGCAAAAAAAAAAAUCUGAGGGACAUGAAUGCAUGCUUCCUUCUCCCAGCUGAGAGAAUUGAGAGAAUGAGAGUCCUGCGGAGGAGCUUCUUUAACACGAAAUAAAAACUGCAAAUAAAAACGGAAGCUAAAAAAAGAAUGACGAGAAGCUGCCACUGCUUGUGGUGGACUCCACAAAUACAACACCAAGAGAAAUGCAAUAAUCAACGAUUCUGAAACCUGUAAUUAUUUUAUUUUUGUAAUCCUGUUUUAUAUUUUGGCCUGGUGAGGGUGGCUCUGAGGACUUUUGGGUCUUAGGGGCGUGUCUGAACCCUCCCCCACCCCCCAACACACACACACACACACACGUGCCCUGAUUGGUCCAGAUCUCUGUCCGUUUCCUUUGCAGUCCUGUCCCGAUUGGUGUCUCUGUAGCGACGUUGCUGGGUGGGAGGACUGAAUCUGGCCAACUUGGCUGCCUUUCUGAAGCAGCUCGUGACUGACCCAAGCCUUCUGUCUGGAAAACUCCCCCUGACCCUUCUUCCUCCUCUUCCUCCUCUUCCUUUCAUUGUUUUCAGUGUUAUUAUUAUCAUGGGCCUAUAGUGGAGUUUCCAUGUAGAACUAUCAAUGGGUGAAAGCCGAAAAAGAAAACUCAGUCCUUCUUAGUGUCUGCUUGGUUUAACAUGGGAAAACAGAGAGGGUUACAGAGUGAAGGAGGGUGGGAAAACUCUGCUGUUUCUCCAGUCCUAUCCUGCAAACUGAGACGGGUGAUCAUGGCUGCCCUUUGUUUCUACUCAAAUCCUAUGCAAGGUGGGAUGCUGUGUACAACCUGGCAACCCUUGGGUCUUCAGAGUAGUGUGUUCAUGUGUGUGCAUGUUUGUGACAGCGUGUGGGUGUGUCUGUGUGCCAGCCAGUGUGUAUCAGUGUGUAGGUGCAUGUGUGCGUGUGUAUGUGAGUUAUGUGUGUGUGUUCAUGACUAAACCAUUUCUGGCCUGGCAUUUGAGAGGGCUGGUUAAAGAGGUCAGUGUAGGAGACAGGAGCUGAGUUUCUGCGGGAACUGCCGAACUGGAGGCGUUUCCACAGCAGCCUGACCCGCCUGACGACAUGCUGUCAGUCCUAGACAUCAGCGCUGUGAGGGGUCGAGUGGACGCGCUGGGGUUCGUUCCGUAAGGGGCUACCGGCAUUUCGCAACCCUGGCGCCGGAGUGCGGGAGUCAGCAGAUUCUCCCUGCUCGGUCGUCAAACGGUGAGAACUUCCUGUUCCUGGGAGGAAGUGAGACGCAAAGAGACACUUGCGGUGAAAGUGGAAGAGAGAAAAAUGCUGGCACGCACAGCGGGCCGAGAAUGGAGAGCGUGGGUCACAAGGGCAGGAAGUGACAUCAGGUCGGUCGGGGAGGGGAAACGGUUGCCCUUGGCAACGGCUUGGAUUCACCUCUUGAGAAUCGGAGGGGGGGAGAUGUGCUGAGU